AUGGCUUCACAGCUCUACGAGCGCAUGGUCGCCAGCCUGCCUCAAUUAGUGAGGCGUUCCGACGACUUCGAGCCGUACAACUACACAAGCAAGAAUGGCCAUGUGUGCGCCAUGCCCCGGCCACUGACGAACACCGAGACCGCCAAGUUGGCCGGCGGCUAUGACUUCUUCACCAUCAAUCAGAUCGUCACCGGCGCCUGCGCCUGCUUCACCCUGCUCAGUCUCUUUAUCCUCAUGUUCAGACAUGCCACCCACCUGUCAAGGCCCAACGAGCAGCUCAACAUCCUAAGGAUCUGCUGUUACCUGCCCAUCUUUGCAAUCGGCUGCUUCCUCGAGGUGUCCUUCCCCAACGCUUAUAUGUACAUCAACCCAUGGCUCGACUUUGUCCAGUCCCUCGCCCUGUGUAACUUCUUCCUCCUCAUGUGCCAGUUCGUUUCUCCCUCGGACCAGCACCGCGAGGUCUUCUUCGCCGCCCUCAAGGUGCCCCAGAAGAAGAAGAAGGGCCGUGGCGGGCGACGAGCCAGGGGCCGAGGGGGAGACUACGGUCCGGAGCCCGAGGUCGAGGAAGAGCCCAUCAAUGGUCUCGAGUGGUACCGCAAGAUGUGGAUGCUCAUUUUUCAGUAUCCUGCCGUCCAGGCUCUCGUGGCCAUUUUCACUGCCAUCUUCGAGUCCCAGGGCGUCUACUGCCUUGCGAGCAGCAAGCCCUAUUUCGGCCACCUUUGGCUCGACAUCAUUCAUAAUGUCAGCUUGACACUGGCCAUCAUGUCCUGCCUGAGACUCUAUGGUGCUCUGAAGAGCCGGCUGGCACACCACAAGCCACUCGCCAAGCUUGCUGCGUUCAAGUUGCUUGUUGCCAUCACUGGUAUCAUCCAGCUCAUCUACUGGAUCCUCCGAUCCAUCUCGCCCUCUCCCCUCAAGCCAACCGCCUACUUCUCCUGGUCCGACGACUUCAUCGGCAUCCCGGUGAUGGUCAUGGCCCUACUCACGGUUCCCUUCUCCGUCUUCUUCCACUUCGCCUACGACGUCAAGCCUUACUACCUCGAGAACGCCGGCAAGCACCUGCCUCUUGCCCAGGCCGACCUAGAGUCCGGCUCUGCGUCCGGCUCCCCUGCGCCGGCCUCCAAGCCCGCGCCCUACACCGCUGUCGGCGCGGCUGGCACGAGGUACCAGGGCGGCUUCCUCGGCAUCUGGGCCUGGCUCGGCAUGCUCAACCCCAGCGAGCUUAUCUCCGGAUUUGUCUUUGGCUUCACUAUGCUGAGCAAGGAGAACCGCAAGGUCGGCGUCAACACGGUCCGCCGCGCCCAGACUGGCGAGUUCGGACAGGCUUGA